AUGACUUAUUCACCGGAGUGUAUAACCUGGAUGGUUGUGGGCCUGACUGAAUCUGUCACCAUAAUAGCUCUGAAUUCUUUGACAGUGAUUGCGUUUUGUAGAGACCGUAAUCUUCGUAAACGAUCAACGUACUUGGUGAUAAGCUUAGCAGUUGCAGACAUGUUAUCCGGGGGAAGUUCUGCACUCAACUUCUUCGAUGAUGUUGGAGAGACAUGGAACCUUUGGAGGCACAAUAGAGCGUAUUGGUAUAUACCUCAGGUGUUCAUCCUCUGGUUUCCCGUUUGUUCGUUAACAAAUAUGACUGUUAUUUCUCUAGAACGCCUCAAUGCAACGUUUUGGCCCUUCAGACAUCACACGAUCAAAAAGUCAGUCUACUGGGUUCUUAUAAUCGCCAUCUGGUUGACAACACUACUUUUUUGUGCGUUAACAAUGAAAUAUCACCAUGCAUAUAAAGAGGAUUAUUAUCACUACGCUUGGGGUUCAUUCAUCUCAAUUUGUCUUUUGGUCAUUUGUGUUUCUUACGUUUUUAUUUUUGUCAAGCUUCGCUUUGGAAAUCAGCCUCGACACCAUGGCGCAGCAAAUAGGGAAAGGAAACUGACCGUGACGUUGUUCACCGUGACUACUCUUUCUCUUCUAUUGUGGCUGCCUUAUCUUAUAGCUAGUUUUCUGUUUUUUGCCGCUAACGUUUUAAGUUCACUAUCUGAAACAGCGCUUUUCCAUUUAGAACGUGUUUCAGUGAUCUUGUUUUACGCAAACUGUUUUUUAAAUCCGAUAUUGUAUACUAUGAGAAUGCCAGGCUUUAGGCGAGCUUUAAAGUUAUUAUGUCGCCAACGACCUCAGGCACACAGACAGGUUGAGAUCAUUCCCCUCGGUGAGAUUAACCCACAAAUUUGAAUUUAAUUUGUUUGGGAGAAAUCAACAUCCACAAAGGUUGUGUGAAGGUACUCUUGGAUAGGAAGUUUGCUCUAAACUCUCCAACAUCUGCAUUAAAUUAAAAAAAAAAAGAAAAGAAAAAAAGGAAAGGUAAAAAGGAGGAAAAUUGAAUUAAUCAGAUUACGUCGAGGAUCAUUUUAUUGUUAAACGUGGUUCCUUUGUAUGUUUCGUUUCUAAGGUUUCAUUUUGCAUUUUGUUCAUUUAGGUUUGUUCGAUGAUCUCUAUUAUUAAUAGGUUUAGUUUUGCAUCAGUUUAGGCUUAGUUUGCAUCUGUUUAAUUUGAGUUCACGCUUUUUUGAGCGCGAUUAUGUCAAAGCCGUUAUUACCACUCUGUUUCGCUUUGAUCGUUUCUGUCGCUUUGCCUUGAUUCGCUUCACUUUUUGUAUAGGUUUACUGGAUUCAGUUUUUGUAAAAGAAGUAAAUAUGAGCACGUUAGAAACUGUGAUCGCAAUGUUAAUCAGAUUGUGCAAUUGAACGUUAUUAUAUUAUGUCAAUAUCCUAAAAUUAACAUGCAUUUCCUCCAUACUGUUCUCGAUAUAUUUCCAAUGGAUUUGAUAAGGAGAAUUUGUUAAGCAAUCAAGGGUUCUUAAGUUGAUGAUCAUUUCCUUUAUUCUCCUGACCUUUUUGUUUUAUUCAGGGGUGAUACUGUAAGGAGAAAUUGGAUGUAAGUCAAUCUUAGAGUUCAAAGGGUUAACAGCUAAAGGAUUUGUAGAUGAGCUAGAUGACAGCUCUUCAUCAAUUUGAAAAUACACAAAAUCAGAAAGAAAGGAUGUGAUAAGCUAAGUUAUUUACUUAUUUAUCUCAGUAAGUAAUGGUAAUAGGACUGAGUGGAGUCCAUCUCGGUCUGCAAUCAUACUUUGUUACCAAGAAUAUGAUUUCAGACCGAAUUGGACUCCACGACGUCUUUUUACCAAUUAAUCACAAAAAUUACAAUUUGCGAGAAAAGAUGAUUACCCAAGUUAUGAAAAAAAAGGAAAAUUUGCAUCUAGACUGACAAGGUGAUUUGUGUUUCUAUGGUGAUUGAAACCGAGGAUGUGAUUGGUUGAUUUAAACUACAACUUUGGAUGUAAUUGGCUUAUUGAACUGUCACAUAACAAACUGUCCCAUAACAACUUGGCAAGUAAAUUAAUGGAAAAAGUGAGUUUUUGAAAACAAUCACAAUCGUGGAAACUGUAGUUUUUUAUGAUUAAGACUGACACUUUCAGCAUAAAUGUAUUAUUUAAAGAGAGAACAGGGAACAGAGAACAGGAAUCAGGGAACAGGAUGCAGAGAACAGGAAACAGAGAACAGUAAACAGAGAUCAGGAAAUAGAGAACACGAAAGAGUGCACAGGAACAGAGAAAAAGAAACAGAGAACGGGGAACAGAGAACAGAGAACAAGGAACGGGAAACAAUGAACGGGGAACGGAGAACAGGGAACGGGGAACAG